AUGGCCAGAACACCAUUCCAUCAUCCCCGCGACGCCGAGUACGAGCCUCUCACAGCCGAAGACGAUGACAACCGCAGCGAUGACGACGCCUCCACGCCCAUCAUUGCCAACGACGACUCCGACGAUGACGUCCCCUUUUCAUGGGUAGAAUACUCCAUCUUUGGUCUAUUGGGAAUGGCCAUGCUAUGGGCAUGGAACAUGUUCAUGGCGGCAGCGCCCUACUUUUCGACGCGCCUAGUCGCCGAUCCAGGUCUCCAGUCGUCCUUCCAGUCGUCCGUGCUGACCGUCUUCACCGCGACCAACCUGGCGGCCAUGCUCGUCCUGUCCCACCGGCAGAAGUCGGCCUCGUACCCUCUGCGUAUCAACGUCGCCCUGGGCGUCAACAUGUGCGUCUUCCUCUUCCUCACGGCCUCGACCACCAUCAGCGACGACGUCGACGAGGCGCCCUCCCCGUCAUCCUACUUCGCCUUCCUGCUCUGCAUGGUCUUCUGCUCCGCCUGGGCGACGGGCCUGGUGCAGAACGGUGCCUUCGCCUUCGCCGCCAGCUUCCGCAGGCCCGAGUACAUGCAGGCUCUCAUGGCCGGCCAGGCCCGUCCUCGUCUUCCCCCCCGGGGUUUCGGGUGGCGAUGGCGAUGGCGAUGGCGGUGA